AUGAAGUAUGAGUAUACACCACUCGACCCAGCGUCGCAAGAUAUUCGCUUGGUCACCAUUCUCCCUGGGAAAUUCGACGACCCCAUCCAGAUCAAAAUCACCCACGCCCCGCUCAUCCCGCCUACCCAAGAUGAUAAACCAAAGCGGAUAUCCCUGGCCGCUCUACGGGGAACUAUUCCCCAGAGCUGGAACGCCCGCGAGACCUUAGAGGGCCGUAUUAUCUUUCGGAACUACGACGGGAGGUAUUCUUCCUGGGACCAUCCUGAUCCUAACUUCCCGCGCGACAGGUAUGAACUUCCCGAAGACGGGAAGACGAGUGUCAAGUUCGAGGCGUUGUCGUAUACUUGGGGUUCUCCCAAGGUUAGGGAGAAGGCGGUGGUUCUGGGCGAGGAGGAGGUUAGAGGGUUGAAGGCGUUGAGGACGCAGCGUCUGCCUAUUCAGGGGAACCUCCAGGAAGCGAUACGUCACCUCCGAUAUGAGGAUAAGGGCCGGGUCAUGUGGAUCGAUGCUCUUUGUAUCAACCAAGAUGACCUCGAUGAGCGGAGCGAGCAGGUCAAGCGUAUGGGGUUGAUAUACACGCUUGCUCAUAGGGUUAUAGCAUGGUUGGGCCCCGGGUCUCCAAGCAGCGACCUUGCAUUUUCCAAGCUGGCAUAUCUCGGCCGACAAAUCGAGCACACUAAAGACGGCACAAUGCUCUCCGCACCCGGCUGCACGGAAGAGCAAUGGUUCUCGAGCAAGCACGCUCUGCCCUGGGACACGGCCACAUGGGACGCCAUCUCCUCGGCCUGUUCGCGGGACUGGUUCACCCGGCUGUGGAUCGUGCAGGAAAUCCAUCUCGGCAACGCCAACUCAGCUCUCCAAUGCGGCCACAGCACCAUCCCGUGGGCGGCCUUCCGCCGCGCCGUCAUCUGCAUCCACGCCAAGGACGUCGGCGUGCCCCAGACGCUCUGGCACAAAACCCAGGAAAUCAAGUUCCUAUGCGAGCACCUCGCCGACAUGGCCUUCGUCGACGUCCUCAAGAACCACCACAUGCGUCCGUGCCUCAACGCCCGCGAUAAGAUCUACGGGCUGCUGAGCCUCGCGCCGCCCGAAAUCACUACCUUCACAUGA